AUGCCUCCGGACAAGACCGUCGGACGAAAAUUAAACCUGAUCCAUUUCAAUGUCAACCGGCAUGACGAGCGCCAUGAUUUCCUGACGACGUGGGAGGUUCCCCGUGGCAGUUCCCCGUGGAAAGUCAGCCCGCUGUGCAUGUUCCAGGGCCUGUACCUACAGCAACCGUGCCGGAAGCAACCUGGCAAAGCGAGGGUUAUGCAGCAUGACCAGGAUGAGCCGGUUUUUCUCGACAAGCAGCGAGGUUGA